UGGUAGUCUCUGUAUGCAUCAAGUAGUGCAUGAAGUGAGAUUAGAUAAAUAUUGGAGAGAGAGAGAGAGAGAGAGAGGGAGAUGUUAGAAGGAAAAGCAGUGGUGAGAGAGACAGACAUGGAAGAGGCAAUGCAGAGCCAUGUGAUGGAGUUGGCAUACCAGGCUCUUGAUCUUCAUGAAGUCUCUGACUGUCAAUCCAUUGCUCAUUACAUUAAACAGAAAUUUGAUGAAGCAUAUGGAGCAGCAUGGCAUUGUGUGGUGGGGAAAGAAUUUGGAUCUUGCAUUACCCAUUUGUGUGGAAGUUUCAUGUUCUUCAGGGUGGAUAUGAUGGAGUUUCUUGUUUUCAAAGAUGGCAAAGACUUGACUCAAACCAAGGUAGAAGCUGUUGGAGUUAUGCAGCAACCAAGUUAGACCGUGUGGUACAGUUUCUACUUAUAGUUUACGAAGCAUAAAUAGUUUAAAUCAUCUGAAAAUUAUUGAUUAUUUAGAAAAUCGGGAAGAAGUGUUUUAAUUUUCUUUUUUGUUGUCAAUUUUCAGUUCAAAGGAAGUAGCAUCAGAAAGUUGAUUUGUAAGAGAUCCAUAUCUAGACUCUAUUAUUUACCAUGUCACCUAUCUAAGAGCUCAAACUAUAAUUUAUCUGUCAAAUAACAUAUUUCUUGAUGGGUUGGUUACCCAGACAAGGAUAGAAAAUUUAAGAAAUUUUAGUUUUCUUUGAUUUUC